UUAAAUUUACUUGAGAGGUAUAGCUAUAAUAUGUUUCAGUUAUGGGCCAAAAAUUGUGUUCAUCAGUGAUAUAAAAUGGUGAUUCGAUACGCAAUUGCAAUAAUGAUCCUUUUGGCAAAAUGUAGCAUUUAUAUGUUGAGGGCUCAGAUGAGCUUUGCUAUUUUGACGAUGGUGCCAAGAAAUAGAGUGCUUAUUCAAACUGACGACGAGUGCUUUCAAAAUGCUACAUCAAUGAAGAUUUCUGAAAAUCACCAUAAUCAUCAUUCGCCCAUUCGUAAUUGGUCUGAACUUAGCAUGUGUGGAGUUCUAGCUGCUUACUAUGCUGGUUUCUACAGCACUGAACUUUUUGGAUCGUAUGUUGCCACUUUUAGCCCAAAAAGCGUAAUUUCUUGGUUAAUAUUGUUACCCAGCAUUGCAAAUACACUAAUCCCGCUUUUUCUUCGAUUUGGAAAAUGGACAAUAUUUUUCAUGAGAGUUUUCAUUGGUAUUUGCGCAGGGCUCAAUCAGGAGUCAUUUGCAAUAUUGACGCUGAAAUGGGCUUCGCCGGAUGAUAGAGUAUUAUUUUCUGGAAGUUUAUAUGAAUAUUGUGGAGUGGUUCUUUACUGCAUAAAAGGAUCCAAUUCGGAACUACAGGAGGAAUACUUGGGACAAUCUGCGGUUGGAUAGGAACAGCUUAUCUGGGCGAAGAACUAGGAUGGGAUAUUCCAUUUUACGCAAUUGGUGCAGUUGGAAUCAUAUUAACACCAUUUUGGUGUUUGUUAGUCACAGAUU